CCGUCGUAAAAAAAACUUCUGUUCCUCCCCAAAUCCAUAGCCGGGAGAUGCGGUUUGCUUCAAACAAUCAAUAAAUCCGAUUGUUUGCGCGUCAACACAACCAGUCAACCGUCAGCGAAGUACACGGCGGUGUACAUUUUUCCUCCAAAAGAGCGAAAACACAGAAACACUUGCGUUUGUUUAUACAGAGCAUGUGGAAGCAUUGCGCUGCGCGUACGUGCUUGGAAGGGCUAACGCGACGACGGCAAGAAUAUUGUCCACACAGCAUGCCUUAUCGAUCAACGCAACGAUCGCGACAAAAGGGAAGCGAAUACCAGCGUGCUGGUAUUGGUGUGUGCUUGAGCGCAAGCAUAAAACCGGAGCAUCACGUUACGAUCGGCAUGAAACGAUGCUGCUGCUGCUGCUGCAGCUUCAGGUAUUGCCUUCUCUUUCUAGCCGCUUUUCGGCCAGAGCACGGUGUACGGUCGCACAGGAAGUGAUUGCGUGAGGUUCUGCUGCUGAAGUGCAGAGUGUUUGAUGUCUGAGUCUAGACGAAAGAAGUGCCAACAGUCUGCAGACAGCCAAGAAUAGCAAACUGAAACAACAGCGGCUUUCCCCCGGUCGGCGAACUCGGCGAUGAUCGUCUACGUGGAAGUGAUGAUGAUAUCACGCAGGCGCUGGAAUUGGAUGCUGCUUUUUAUCGGCUGCUGUUGCUUGGUUACGCUCGCCGUAGCCCAAACGCAGGAAUCCGAUGCAACGUCAGCAUCGGCAGAAGGGACCGACACCACCGCGACUGCUUCCUCCGCCGCAAGAGAGGACACGGAGCGAACAGUGUACAGCGACCCACCGGACACACCGGAAGAUGGCAGCAGCUUCAUCGACCAGUACGAGCAGGGCGUGCAGGCGUACCUCACGAACGAGUGGGAAGACUGUGUGUACUUUCUCGAGCGCGCACUGGAGGGCUACCGGACGUACUACGAGUCGGUGGCAAACUGUCGCAUGGAGUGCGAGUACGCCGCGCGCGACGUCAAGCAUCGGGGCGAGUUCCUGCACGGCAGCAACGUAGACAAUCUGCAGCACUACGAGCUGAUUCUGCGCCGAACGCUCUGCCUGUCCAAGUGUGCCCGGCGGUAUGCGAUCUAUCGGUACCUUCCGUUCAGCGAAGACUUCGACGGACACUACAUGGAUGUAUUUCAGGAGCUGAAGGUGUACCCCUAUCUGUACGCGUGCUACGUUAAGUCAAACCGAGUAACGCUGGCAGCAUCGGCCGCCUAUACGUAUCUGGUGAAACAUCCGGAGAAUACAGUGAUGAAGAAAAAUUUCGAAGAAGCAAUCGAAAUGCCCGGAAUCGAUCGGGACGAGAUCCACGAUCUCGAGGAGAAGAAAUUCGUCGAACUGCUUAUCGGAGGCAUCGUCGACGAGCAGGAAAACAACUGGGAGCGUGCGAUCGAACAGCUCGAGAGCUCCAUCAAGCAGUUCAUCUUUGACGAGAACCAAUGCCGCGCCUUUUGCGAGGGUGAAUUUGAUCACGGUUUCCUGCCCGACUUUAUCACCGCGAUCGGAAAUCAUUUUACGUAUGCGCUGCAGUGCAAACGGAACUGUACCUCGAACAUGGGUAUGGUGCGUGGGAAAUACUACGACAAUCUGUUCCCCCGCCACUAUCAACAUCUGCAGAAAGCUUACUAUCACGUAAAACGGUACGAAGAAUCGUACCGGGCCGGUAUGAGCUAUUUGCUGUUCCACGCAGAUGAUUUCGAUAUGCCGGAAGCACUGAAAACGAUCGAAGCGGAAGCCAAGGGUUCAGUGACAGCCAACUUCUUCAAGGCUCGUCGGGAAGCGGUCGAGUACAAUGAUCGGCUGCAGUACGAGGAAAAGCUGGCACGUUUCAUAAAGCAAGAGUUUGAUCUGCUGGAUAAUGUAGCCGAUUCGAAUGCCGAGCUGGAUGAUGCAGAUUUUGAAGAUGAAGACACGGUGGAUACAAUGGAAGGUAACAGAGUGGAUGAGGAUGGGGAGACGCUGGAGCAAAACGAUCAAAAAGAGCUUGAAGAGGAUACUCAACCACCUGCAGAUGGCAGCAAUGAGCUUUAUCCAGCAGAAACUAUCGGGUAUAACGAUCACGACGAGCUGUAGGAGAGGCUGAACGAGGUCCGAUCAUCCUUCAGAAGCGGUUAGUCAUCCGCCCGCUGUGCCAUAAAGGUGUCUUCUAGUAGAUCUUAACAUUGAAACUCACCUCUCACACAUACACACUGUCUUUUUUUAAAUUACAAUAAGUUAAGCAAUAAAUAAACGAACAAAACUGAAGAGAGAGAGCUCUACACCAAAAAGGGAAACAAAAGACAAGAUGAAGUCUUUGCAAUCGAUUUGCUUUUGGUUUGUUAUUUGUUUCUUUUUAUUCCGGUUUUUUUGUUUUUAAUAAUGCUUUACAUAGAUCAAACAUAUCUAAACUUUGGAAAAUGUACCAUUUCAAAUAUAUAUAAUAUAUGUAUAUAUGUAUAAUAAUAUAAUGUAUCUAAACGUCCGUUCUAUGGGAAGUGUGUGUAUGUAUGUUAUGAGUAAGUGUUGCACACGUGCUAUCUGCCGAUCUUUUCCUCCGCUUUAUUCUGCUUUGUUGUUUGUUGUCUGGUGUGAUUUUCAGUUCAUUUGUUCUGUUUCGGUUUGGUUUUGUGUUUCGGUUCGUGUUAUUGAAUAAUGUUUCGUUUUCGUCUCUAUUCUGUUUUGUCUAUUACGGUGUAGUUCUGCUGGUUUUCGUCUGUAUCUCGUCUUCCUACUGUAUGCCUUUUGUCCUGUCUGCUUCAUGUCACGUUCCAAUUUUAAAUGACCUAGAAUUAUAAAUUCCUUUCAGGAUGUUAGUUUAAAUUAAUUGGAAAAAUAUCGUCUGUGUUUGCGUGCAUACAUACACACGCACACACAAACACCGCUUGCCAGGGCUUUUUUUAAAGCAUAUUCAGCACAACACAGCACAUAAAACACGUGGCCCGUAGCAUGGGUAAGAAGAGGGGGAAAAUCGGUUUAUACUUCAAGUUAAACAGAGUUUCUUGUUUCGUUUGUUCAUUUCUCGCUUCCUUUUCCAUUAUACCCCGAAUAUGACACACACGAUUUGCAUACACGCAUACACUAUCACACUCUCAUACACACUUGUUUAACUCGGUUUUUAGUUUUCUCUGUUUUACACUUUUAAGAGAAGUUAUGUAGUUUUCCUCUUGGAAGCAUUUACUAUGUUUGUUUUCCUUUUCGUUUUUCUCUUUCUUUCUCUCUCUGUCUUUUGGGUUGAUCUUACAUCUUCGACGAAUUACUUCUUAUUGUAACAGUGCCUUUUGGGGUUUUUCGACUUUUCCUUACUGGCAAGAAUGACAUUAAUGCUAUAGCUUUAGGUAUAGUGUUUGUUUUUACACCGGUUUUUGUUGUUUUUCUGCUGCUUUUCCGACCACUUUUACUUCGCUCUAGUUCGGAACAUCCAAAACGUGCACGCAUAGAAUUUAUGUUUUUUUGUUUUUGUUUGUCUUGGUUUAUUCGUUAUGUUUUUUACAUCUUUUCUUUGCUUCCUGCGUCCCCAUUGCUAGUAGAUUUUCCUUUUAGUUUGCAUACAAUUGCUCUGGUUGACACAACCAAAAAAUCACAGCUAAUAACUAGAUCUUUAUGUUUCGUUCCAUUUCCUGCGUGUGUAUGCAUGCGGCUUUUCUCUCUCUCUCUCUCUCUUCUAUCUGCUGUCAUAUUUUCUUGUUACUUGUUUGCCGGGGUACGCUUUGAUGCAACUUUUACACGUUGUUCUGCUACUACGUCAAAUGCUUAAAAUAAAUAAAACCAUCGCGAUCCACACCUCAGGCCCGCUCACCAUGCAGAUUGAUGCGAUACAUUUUUUGCUAUUUAUAAUGGUACUGAGUACUUAGCAAAUGAAUAUAAUAUACAAUGGGAAACAAUGAGACGAUACUAAAAAAAGAGUAAUUCCUUAAUGAUCAAUUAACGACCCUAUAAAUCGAUCGAUAAUUUUUCAACAAAAAACAACUCCUACAUUCUUUGCUAAACAUCAUUACAAUUUCAAGUCCCUGUUUUGUAUUACUUCUUGUUCGCAACAUAAUGUAAUUCUAUUGUACUUAUUAGUUUAUAGUUUUGUCUUUUAUAUUGUUUCCUACAGUUUACCAAUACUCCAUUAUUUUCUUCUCAAGUAUGCAAGUAACAAAUGCACGUGGAAUGUGGGGUCUGUUCCCUCUCUUAUAGUACAGUAUAUUUAAAUGUUUCAUUCAAAUAUCAAUAAUUGACCAACUAAUUUGAUUUCGUGUCGAUUGUUUUAUUUUUCCCUUCCACUAAAAACAAACCGUCUACUAUUUCAAGCUGUAUAACAGACGAAGACCAUAUUGCUUAGAACACAUUAAAUCUGAACAAAAACGUAAGUGUUUUAACUAUAAUUUAAACAAAUUUAACCAUUAUAAACACACACUUACACCAUCUCAAACCGUCACACAUACACACACACGCACACGCACAAUGAUCGCUCUACAGUUGAUCUUACAGUGAAUCCAUUACAUUGCAUUCUUUUCUUCCCGUUGUUUUGCUACACAAUACGAUUCUAGGUUUCGUUUGCUACUCAUUUUUGUCGUUAUUAUUUUUUGUUCGUUUUUUUUCUUCAACUUUAGUUUUCAUAGUAUAGGAGAACAAACAGAAUGUAUAUAUAUUUGAGUUUUGUAUAUAUAUCUAUAUAGAUGUAUAUAUAUGCCAUUGGUUCAAUAUAUAAGACACGUAAAUGUUUUUUUUUUCUUCUUUCAAGCUAUCUCGUACUACUUAGGUUUAGUUUUCCUUGUGCCGUAAACAUGUGAACAGUAUCCGUCAUUUUUUAAAUCUGUUUUGUUUUAACGAAAUGUUUCAUCUCUACUAAUUUCGUCACUUUUCUUUCUUCGCUGUCGUCUCCUGUACUGCGCAAACACAAUUUCCUUGCUUUCUUUGCUUCGCUAGAUUUUUUGCUAUCUUGUCGCAAAACAAGUAUAAAGUGUAUCCUCACUCCUUUUCUAUGUCACUGGCGGGGGUUUGUUUUGCAAGCCUAACCAAGGAAUGAUACUCGAGACUGCUCUAUUAACCUAACUUUCCUAACACCUUUCUCUGCCUGACAGCUGACUCGCCCGGUACGCUAAUGGUUUCGAAACUUAACACGACGAAAAGCGCAAUAAUUAAUCACUAUGGAAGAUCAAAUUGCUAAUCUUUCUAAGCCGUAAAAUCCGGAUGUGUCUGUACUACUAUAUCAAUGUAUAUAAUCGUAUGGCGU